AUGAUGAGUCGGUACUUGACGAAGCUGAACUAUAUUCUUCUCUUCUUCUUGCUAAUGGUGGUUACACCAGCAUCCUGCGGAUUUUACCUUGGCAGAAGAUACAUACACAUUCGAAACAACUUGGAAAACGGCGCGAGGCUGAGGAUUCAUUGCUGGUCCAAAGACAACGACUUGUUCAGACAGACCUUGAAUCCCAACCACGAAACAUGCUGGAACUUCAUCGACAACUACAUCGGAGGUACGAGAUUUGAGUGCAACAUGGAGUUUCUGCUGGAUGGCCGGAUGAGGAGGGGUCAUUUUGUGGUGUACGACAAUAAGCAGAGGAUCAGAACAAGAGAGUGCUACAAACGGUGUAAAUGGUCGGUCGGCAGAUAUGGGCUGUAUGCAUAUGAUGAGGAGGACAAAAUAUGGGACUAUGAGACUCCAUGGCCAAGCACAAACAGCUUCGGACCUCCCAUUCUUCUGUGA